AUGCGUACUCCGAGAAUCGCCAUCCUCGUCCUUUUCUUCGCCGCCUCCCUCUUCCUCUUCUGCCGCUCCGUCACAUCGCUGGCGCGAUCCAACACCGUAAUCGCUCCGGCCGCUGUCCCACAAUCACGAUUUACGACAUUCUUCUCCUUCACAGCGCCCUUCUCAAUCUUUACACCGAAUGCCGCCAUCAGCCUGACCGACGACAACAGCACCUCCUUUGUCGCCCGCCCUGCCGCCUUCGGUCCGAACCUUCCCUCCAAGGGCCUGAGUGGCCAGCUAUGGAUUGGCAGCGGCUUCGCCGACGAUAACCUCCAGGAAGGCGAGGGCGAAGGCGAGCUCGGCUGCAGCGAUAUUCCCGGCUGGGAGGACGGCAAGUCCAAUGCUAUCCUCAAAUCUGCCGCCAAGGGCAUUUCGAAGGCCGACGCGAAGGCUGCCACUGCUGCUGGCAAGCCGAGCCACCACAAGCGGGACACCACCGCCAAGGACAUCGUCCCCGAUGAUACCGUGCCUCCACCCGGAGCGCGGUUGAAGUCCAAGAUCCGCCCCCUCGACGACGGCACCGAUGACUACCUCCACCAGGGCCUCGCCAGAAAGCCCCCGCCGAACCACGAUAGCGCUCUGUCCACCGAGUCGACCCACGCCGAUAUCCAGUCGAUACAAGAGGCGGCGGAGAUCGCCGGGAAGAUUGUGCUGCUCAGCCGUGGCGGCUGCGGCUUCCUGGAGAAGGUCAAGUGGGCGCAGCGCCGCGGUGCUAUCGCGCUCAUCGUCGGCGACAACCAAAAAGGUGGUCCGCUGAUCCAGAUGUUCGCCAGAGGCGACACUUCCAACGUCUCCAUUCCUUCCGUUUUCACCGCACGGACUACAGCCCACCUGUUGUCCUCUCUCACCCAGCCGGGCAGCUUCAUCGAAGACACCAUCGACGAGCACGGCCGCCCUGCCUUGAAGGUCCUCAAGUCCGAUGGCACGAACCGGAAGAACAGGAAGACCAAGCAAAAGGCAGCUGCGGCGACCCCCACGCCCACACCCAAGUCGACAGCCCCUCCCAAGGUCAAGGCCCCGAAGAAGCAGGCCUCCACCAAAGCCGAGGAAGCCAAGCCCCGCGUUGGAUGGUUCAGGUGGUUCUUCAGCUGGGGCCGCAGCUCUGCAACUGGGGACGGCAGCAUUCAACCCCCGAGCAGCGGCCGCCACAACUGGGUUCUCGUUGACGAUUGGAACGAGGAGAAGGAUAGAGCCAUUCGUGAUGGUCUUGGAAAGGCUGCCAAGCGGGGCAAGGGCAAGGUCGCUGAGUCCCGUAAGAACGAAGACAGCUUCCAGAUCGGCGUUCAAGACUGGCGCGACCCGGAUCUGGUGGACGUUCCAGCGACCAAGGACAAGGAGGACGCUUCCAAGGAGCAGGCCGGCAAGAAGGCAAACCCGAAGAAUGGAAAGGAUGUCAGCGGUCCCAAAGGUGGAAGCAUCACACCAGGAAGCGGCGAGUACAACCCUGAUAUGCCCCCUGUUGAAGCCAAGGGCUCUUCGUCUAGCAAGGACUCUUCCUCCCACGGAGGCUUGAUGUCUAAGAUCUUUGGAGACGACGAUGGCGCCGAUUUCUCCAAGGAGGAGAAGGCCAAGGAUCCUCCCAAGGCCGAGGACCCCAUCCCCGACGACGACGAACCAGUUGGCCACGAUGGCCUCUGGGUCACGAUUACCCCGUCAAGCAGCUCAAGCCCCUUCUUCGACACCCUGCUGGUGCUUGUCAUCAGCCCUCUGAUUACUCUCAGCGUCGUGUAUGCCCUUCUCAUCCUUCGCGCUCGUAUCCGUAGGAGACGCUGGAGGGCACCCAAGUCUGUCGUCGAGCGCCUGCCCGUGCGAACCUAUCACACCGUCGCUGCGUCGCCCGUCCCCUCGCCUAGGAUGCCUUCGCCCACCAGCGCUACACCCACCACGCCUCUGCUUCAGCAGACUCCGACCAGGCCCCGGCCCCGUUCUAGAACGACGACAGGCAUUCCUGAGUCGGAGAGUCUGCUAUCCGUUAACUCGGCCCUGCAAAUGCCUAGAUCUCCCGCGAGGCCAGAGCAUGAAAAAGCCAACGGCAGCUACUCGAGCGAAUGGAAGAAGUACAUGGGUCGCCAGGUCGAGUGUGUAGUCUGUUUGGAGGAGUACGUCGAUGGUGUCAGCCGCGUGAUGAGCCUCCCCUGUGGCCACGAGUUUCACGCGGAGUGCAUGUGA